AUGCCCAUAGCCAUCCCCGAUGUCUUCCAACCCCGGGGACAGAGCCUGACAACAUAUCUGCUCUCACAUCGGGUAUUCCUGUAUACGUUGGCAUCCACGGUCGCACUCUCGGCGACGAUUGCCAAUGCACUGGCAAACCACAGUAACUUCUACUCGGUCGCGGUAUACUUGUCUAAGAGCGGUCGCAGUGUUUUGGUAUUAGUCAACUUUGCCCUGUUGCUUGCACUCGGCGUAGCGCGGAUGAUCCAACAUGUCUUUUUUGGCAGUCUAAGGCCCAUGGAAGUUGAGAGGCUCUACGACCGCGUGUGGUUCUUCGUGACAGAGUCUCUGCUAGCAUUCACCAUAUUUCGCGACGAGUUUGACAUACCGUUCGGAGUGAUGUUCCUCUUUUUGCUAUUCGUCAAGUCCUUCCAUUGGUUACUGUCGGAUCGAGUAGAAUGGAUGAAUCAGAUGCCCUUUCCAGGCCCACCCACUCUCUUCCAUGUCCGCAUCGUGACACUGUUUGUCGUACUGUACCUGACGGACGCCGUCAUGAUUCUGUUUGCGAUAGACAGCGUGCAGACGAAAGGAGUCGGGGCCAUAGUCUUGUUCGCGAGUGAGUACGCGAUAUUGAUAGCAAGCGCGGUCAACUCUCUUGCCAAGUACACGCUCUGUGCAUAUGAGCACAGACGUGCAGCUGUACGUGGAGGCGAAAACGCACCACCCUGGGAGAACAAGAGCAUGUACACAUUCUAUAUCGAUCUCUUCACCGAUUUCUGGAAACUCGUUACCUAUCUCGGCUUCUUCGUGAUAGUAAUCACGUUCUACGGCGUGCCACUUAACGUGGUUCGCGACGUCUACGUGACGGCUCGCUCAUUCAUCACGCGCUUGCGGGAUCUCCUGCGAUAUCGUGCCGCCACGCGUAAUAUGGACGAGCGCUAUCCAAACGCUACCGAGACUGAGCUGACGGCUAUGAGUGAUGCGGCAUGUAUCAUAUGCCGCGAAGAGAUGGUCGCUCAGACGGCAACUGCAGCCCCGGACCCUACAGCUGAAGGGGAUGGGCCUAAUAUGACCCCGAAAAAACUUCCUUGUGGACAUAUAUUCCACUUCCACUGCCUACGAUCCUGGCUAGAAAGGCAACAAAGCUGCCCUACUUGUCGCCGCGGAGUUCUUGACGGGUCACCUGCUACACCCAAUGCAGGACAGGCUCCAGAAGGUGGACAGGCCAAUGAAGACGAACAAGCGCUGCCUGGUCUUCGAGCUGGAAACAUCUUCCGCGCUUUCUUCGGCGUCCCACCAGCGCCAGUGCCAGCACAAGCUCCUGCGCCUCAAGCCGCACCCCAAGUCGCACAGCAGCCUGUGCAGGCACCUCCAGCUCGUCAACACGGGUUGCCGAUCCCGCCAGCCAGUAACCCCGGUCAACACUCGUCAUGGCCCGCAGGCACUCAUCAACCUCAGCAACUGCAACCACCGCCUGUCUUUCAAGGGUUUUAUGGCCCUCGUCGUGAAUGGCAGCCUUGGCCUGUUUCUGGCCAACUGCAAGCACCUCUGCCUCCCACUGAUACAACUCGACCAGAGGCGCCAGAAACCGGAUCUUCGACAGCAUCGUCUCAGACGGAACCCAAUCCACCAUCGUCUGAUGGCGCGGUACUCCCUCCUCGUGAAGCCGCCGCCGCCGCCGCAUUGCGCCGACUCACUGGAGGGACAGCGCCAAUCCCUGUUGAAUCGUCAUCUUCCUCCACGCCUGCCGGCCGUCCGCCACCGUCAACAGGCUCGGCGCCUAACGCCACGGCAAUAAGCACGAACUUGCCCUCGCUCAUCCCCUUGUUCGCUCUUUCGCCCAUACAACGCACAGGGCAACCGUCGGCAUCAUACAUCCCGCCUCAGCACCAUCAUUGGUCCCAGUACUCACAACGACCACCGUUGCUCUCGGCUCCCAUGUCAGACCCACAUUUAUCAUCGUGGCCUUCCCAGACGCCGCCGCCGCCGCCUCAGCAUCUUCCGUCGCUUACACAACUUCCGCAAACUCUAUCGGACGAGCAACUCCAGAGGUUGGAUCGGCUAACGCGGGAAGCCAUAGAUGAGCGACUACGUGUGCUUGAGAACGUCUCGACUGCCUUGCAGCGGAGCAUAGACGAGCUUGCGCGGGUGAGGAGUGUCCUACCCCCAUCUUCCGCUUCAACGCCAAUGACCACGCGUACUGGGACUAAUCCCCCUUCUACGGACUCGAAGACUGAUACGGUUUCUGCGCCAUGA